AUGAAUCACACAGGAGCAAAAGCCAGUGCCUACGCAAAAGCGCUCGGAAAAUUUGAUUCAUAUUUCAUGCUCGGGCUGAUGAUCCCGGUAUUUGGGAGACUGGAGAGCGCAAAUUCUGCUCUGCAGAAGAAGAGCUUGCAGUUUGGGCAUACAGAGCAAACAGUGAAGACCGCUAAAGAAUGUGUUGCUGAACUCCGUGACAAAUUCCCUGGCUUUUGGAUCAUGGUGAAGGCCACGGCUGAGGAGCUCAAGACUGGGUGCCCCAGCCUACCGAUAAGGCAGCGACAAGGCCCACGUCGUUACGACGAAGGAUCUCAAGCACACGAGUUUAAAUCCACGGAAGCCUAUUAUGGGCAGAGGUUCCACAUGGUAAUUGACGCGGUUCACGCGUCUCUGUGCACUCGGUUUCCUGCCGGAAUGUGGGACCACGUGACGAAAAUCGAAAAGUUCUUGGUGGGAAAAACUGACAGCGGUUAUCUGUGCGAAUUCUAUAAAGGGGAUCUUGAUGCACGUCGCCUUCAGCUUCAUCGAGAUAUGCUGCUGGACACUGCAAAGCAGCAUUCCGUAAGCCUUGCUUCGUUCCAGGACGUAAAAGAUCUGCUCUCAGGAAAGGAAAGUGAACCACUGUGGACGAUACUUCCAGAAGUUGUUCAACUUCUUCGAAUUGUAUUGACCAUACAUGUGACGUCCUGCACAUCAGAAAAGUCCUUCUCGUGCCUACGGUGGCUGAAAACUUACUUGCGUUCCACAACUGGACAAGCCCGGUUAAACCAUAUUACCUUGCUCCAUUGCCACAAAGAGUUAGCUCGGGAUAGUUUGCUAGCUGAACGCUGUAGCAAACGAGUUCAUCAAACGAACAACUACUAA